GUAAGUUCUCGGCAAAGUCACUUAGUAGUGAAGAUAUUUGGUUGAAUGAAGUAGUGUUUCCUGUUCUUUCAUUAAAGUCCUUGCAACACUGACGUCAUAUACGCAUCAUCAGGAUUUCCUCGGAAGAAGAAGCAGCAGCAGCAUAAGAACCAGUCCUGGAAAGUCAAACGUAGUUCACACGAAGAUAUUAAUUCGGCUCAUCUUUUCCCUUAUAUAAAGAAGAGAGUAAGGUGUCACGGUCACCAUUAAGCAAGUUCCUGAGGAGAAGUGGAGGUGUGUAGCGUGUGGCGGAACUACUCGUACAAAAUGAGGCGUGGUGUGUGUCUGUCCCUCGCAGUUUUAGUGUGCAUUGGACUACACCAUGUGAACUCAAUCCCACACCAUGGGCGGCAAUUGAGGUCACUACUGGACGGAGGUGGUCUCCUCGGUGGGCUGCGGAAGAUCCUGAAUCCUCUGGGCCACAGUGGCGGCGGAUCCAGUUCCAGUUCCGACUCCCACACCUCACACCUAGAGUUCACAGGACCUCUCGGACUCCUCAAGUUCAACGUUGACACGGCUUCGGCCAACGCCGGUUCCCAUGGUAGAGGCGCUGCAGGAACUUCCGCGUCCUCCAGUGCUGCAUCCAGCGCUAAUUCUGGAAGCAGUGGUGGUUGGGGCGGCAGUGGAAGCUCUGCAGCAUCAAAUGCUCAUUCAAAUUCAUUUGGUAACAGUGGAUCUAUUAACAGUGGAGCCUCUUCUAAUGCCGCCUCACAGGCUUAUGGAGGCGGUAAUGGGGGACUUAGUUCUUCAGCAUCGAAUGCAGGUUCCAACUCUUUUGGAGGCGGCGGCGUCGGCGUCGGCGUCGGCGACGGUUAUGCAGGAUCUUCAUCUGGAGCCCAAAGCAGCGCGUACACCAAUUACGAGAGGGGAUUCAGUGGCGGACAGGGUUUCGGCGCUCCACCGGGUUUCGGUCGCCCAUUUUUAGAAAAGCAUCACCACAAACAUCAUCAGUUCGCAAACCAAGCCAAUGGAGGAUUACACGGCCAGUUUGGCGCCUACGGCGGUGGAGGAUUUGGGCCGGGAGGUGGUGGAACCCUUGGAGGACAAUCCGGAGCUAGCAGCAAUGCUGCCAGUCAAGCAGGUGGAUUUAAUCAGGGACAUGGGUUCAAUGGAGGUGGCGAUUUCAGUAGUUCUCAUGGAUUCGGCGGGGGUUCUGGUGGUGUCAAUCAUGGAUUUGCUGGAGGUUUUAAUCAAGGACUGGGCGGCAGCUUUGGAGGUUCAUCAGGGGGAAGUCAGUCCAGUUCUUCUAGUAACUCAGGCAGUCAGUCUGUUGGUGGAUUCGGCGGUUUCUAUCCAAGUGGAAGCAAUUCUCAAGCAGCCAGUAAUGCUGCAAGCCAAUCAGGCGGUGGAUUAGGAGGGUUUGGGCCAAGUGGAAGCAAUUCACAAGCAGCCAGUAAUGCUGCAAGCCAAUCAGGCGGUGGAUUAGGAGGGUUUGGGCCAAGUGGAAGCAAUUCACAAGCAGCCAGUAAUGCUGCAAGCCAAUCAGGCGGUGGAUUAGGAGGGUUUGGGCCAAGUGGAAGCAAUUCACAAGCAGCCAGUAAUGCUGCAAGCCAAUCAGGCGGUGGAUUAGGAGGGUUUGGGCCAAGUAGAAGCAAUUCACAAGCAGCCAGUAAUGCUGCAAGCCAUUCUAGUGGUGUAGAAUUUGGUAGCAGUCUUCAUGGCGGAUUCGGAAAUUCUGGUGAUGACGCAGCUAUUGCUGAAAUCUUUGGAGGUGGUGGCGGUGGCGGUUCCCACAGUAAUUCUAACAGUCAGUCUGGAUCUUCAUUCACUGGAGGUUUCGGUAGUUCUGCAAGUAAGUCACAGAGCCAGUCUUCAUCUGUUUCUAGUUCCGGUGGUUUUGGCGGAUCAUCCAGUGGAUCUAAGAGCAAUGCUUCAUCAUCUUCCGGUGCAUUUGGUGGCGGUAGCCAUUCUAAAAGCCAGUCUUCCUCUGAUUCGUUUAGUGGAGCAGGUGGAUCCCGUUCUUCCAGUCAGUCCAGUGCAUCUUCCGGUAGUGACGCAAUAAUAUUUGCGAACUGAAUACGACACUAGCUCUCUCACAGAUGACUGUUUUGGGCGCCACAGAGUAUGCGUGAUAAGCUCUAAUGUGUCAGUAAAGUGACAGAGAAGAAUUUCCGAGUAUUAUAACCUGCGCUGUGUGGUUGUAACAUACGGUUUCAUGUAAAUGCAUAUAAGAAAUUCUCUCUUUUGACAUAUUCAGUGAUGCUAGCCCAAGAUCUGUAGACACUCACCAGUCGCCACUGUAAUAUUUUAACUCUAUAGACGUUUUAUUAUCAUCAGACAGGCUAACGACACCAAUCCGCACACAAUGGGAAGAACAUCACACUGAAAAUAUUUAGACUGCACACACGUUAAAGAUUAUUUUUUGAGGCUAUAAAUUAUUUCCAUCCACAGUAUAUUAAUAUUAGUAGAGGGGUUACAAUUUGACAGAAAGAACACUGUGUACGGCCAAGAGCCGCGCAAAGACGUGUCUUCCUAUCAUUUUCUGUGAUUUGUGCCCGAAGUGAGAAAUUAUCAUCGGGGUUGCUCUUUUAGCUUAGUUCGAGCAAAUUGUCUUUUACGUCUCUCUUUUAUAAUGAUUCUGAGUUGUCCCAAUUCAGCGAAAAUAGAAUUAUAGAAGUAAACUUUAAAAUUAAAUUUGAAAUAAUUUUUA